UUAUUACGCCCAACGCACAGCUCCGUAAACAUCUUUGUCAACUGAUAAGGGUCACCAACGAGACGUCGUAUUAUAAAAGACAUAUCUCCAGACAUAACGCAGAUACGUCGACUUGGUGCUUAAUAUUGCGCGACAUGAUUCCAUCGGCGUUCUUGGUGGCGGUUGUAUUUAUUUCGUGUUUCUACGUUGUGCGAUGUAAUGUGCAUAGUCCAUGUAAUGCAACGGUAGAGUGUGCAAAUAGUACCACAGUUUGUGAGAAUGGUUUCUGUCAUAUACAGGCCGGUCAAGUAUGCACAAUUGAAACUGCAACAACCGUCGCAACAACUGUAACAACCACCGCUGGACUAACCCAACCAGGUGCAACUUCCCAAGCAUCGAGUUCUACCUCGGCAUCAACAACUACUCCGACAACUACUGCGACUCCUACAACUACUACGGAUUUAACAACUACUACAACAUCAAACACACCCAAGCGAAAAAAGCGCAAUACUGGCCUACAAGAGUGUGUUACAAACGCAAGUUGUGUAUCAGGCGAACAAACAACAUUGGUAUGCGCGUGUAAUGAUGGCUAUACUACAGAUAAUGGAAAGUGCAAAAAAGAUCCUGGCAAUGGCGCAGGACCAUUGAGAGUGACGGAACUUUUCACUGUCAUGGUGACGACAGUGCUGCUGUUUCUCAUCUAGAAAACCCUACCGUGCUGCAGUGGUCUAUUGACUAAUCGGUAACAUUGCCUGCCGUUUGUAAAUAACUCUAUAUCUUUAGGAUUUUUCAUGGAAAAAAUAUUGUGUAAACACUUAAAUCAAAACCAGUCGUGUAAAGUAAACCACCUUUAGUUUGUAUCUGCAUAUCACUUUGAAAGUUUAUUUAUCAAUACAGAAAAUAUCUGUUUAAACGCUUAAACAACUACAACAGAAACAAACUUUCACAAACUUACUGUUUCACAAACCGAGAGCAGACCAAUCGAGCGGUGUCAUUUGUACAAUAGUGAUGCAUGAUCUGGCUUUGAAAGUGCGUGUGCCCUGUGUCUACAGAAUAUGUCACCGAGAGUGUACAUGUAUGAGAGUUCCGGUUAUCUGUGCAUGCCUGAUGAAGCCGUUGUGCAGACCAACUGGCGAUGCAAGAUCAACCAGAACAGUGUGGUUUCUUGUAGACACGUGAGCGCCACUUUUGGUCGGAGUCUUUAUUUAAAGAAUAAAAGAGAUAUACCUACAUACUAAA